CCAAUUGCUCUCUCUCACACAAGAGUCAUAUACUAUUUACUUCUAUCGCGUUCUGUUCACUGACUCGUCUUUCUCAUUCCAUCCCGACUCCUUCCUCUUUCAUACAAUUUCACGCUGAAUGAGCACAUCUAUUCGCUCACCACAAAGCAACAUCCGUGUCUCGUGACACUCAACUACUAUACUCGACGAUUGCGUUUUACCUACCACAUACUUGAGAACUUCUCGGAGGGCUUCUUUCCUUUCGCCUUUCCAAACGCCGCUAGAUCGUCUUGUUUGUCAAAGAACCGGCAUCACAGCGCCGAGCUUCACUUCCGACCAGUUUCCUUGACAUCUGGCGGGGUGAAUAGCGAUGGCAGCUCAUAGAAGCCGUCGUCUCCAGAAAGAGAUUCAGGAAAUCGUCAAAGAUGUACACUCCGGCAUCACCAUAACGAAUCCGCAAGGCGGGGCUGAAAUCACCGACUUCACACGCUUCAAAGGACACUUCCGAGGUCCACCAGAUACACCUUAUGAAGGCGGCAAAUAUGAGGUAGACAUUCGGAUAACGUCUGACUACCCUUUUCGACCACCUGAGAUGCGCUUCAUUACCAAAAUCUGGCAUCCGAACGUAUCGUCACAAACAGGCGCCAUCUGCCUGGACACGCUCGGAACUGCUUGGAGCCCCGUCCUCAACCUCAAGAGUGCCUUGAUCAGUUUGCAAUCACUACUCAGCAGCCCAGAGCCCAAAGAUCCACAGGACGCUGAGGUUGCUAGCAUGCUCCUCACUCGUCCGGAACAGUUCCGCCAUGUAGCGCGGGAGUGGGCGAUACGAUAUGCUGGUGCACCCAAGCCGCCACCUGGCAGCGUCAAGACUGGUGCGGGCGGCUCAGGUGAACAACAGGAGGCCGCCGGCAGCAGUGAGCGUCGCAAAGCUGAGGAGAAAGAGCGCAAACGAAAGGAAGAGGCGCGUCGUAAGGAGGCGUACAAGGGCUACAACCGCAGGAUGGUCGACCAAUUCGUCAAUAUGGGAUUUCCGGUCGAGCAAGUUGUGACAGCAUUCGAGGAUGUCGGUAUUGAUGACGCGCAAGGGAGGGAGUACACUUUGGAGGAGGCGUACAUUGGCGAUAUCACAGCUCAUUUGUUUGGUGAGCCGUGAUGACGCUCACGCCUGCUAUUGAUCUUUUCAGAUUUCUGAAUCAUUGAUUAUUUGCAUUGACUUAGCGUUAUAGCAGCACGGCGCGAGGGGAACAACGAGUGUACGAAUCAUUAGGUCUAUGAAUCAUGACGUUACAUUUUCAGCUCGUCUUCGUGUAUACGGCACCCGGUGUCUGUCAGUGUCAUGUGAGAUUCCGUCGAGCUCGUCGCAAGGAAACCAGCUUCAGCCUGCCCGCGCAACAAACAUGGACGUUCGUCCGGCGAUGCGUCAGGCAAUGCAGCUAUCUGGGCAGACCCAGGGACUUGCAGCAGCCGCUAGCUCUCAUGGGUAAGUUCUCACCAUGCCCCAUUACCUCUUCCGCGCAGG